AUGAUGAAUGAUGAACAUGAAAUGAUUUCAUCGUUAGAUAAACAAUUACAAAUUUAUCGACAGAUUUCACUCGACUUCAAUCAAUUAUCACAAUUGAAACAACAAUUCAAUUCAUUUUUUUCGACAGAUAAUCGACAAGACUUAGUCGUUGAUUUACUGAACACAAAAACUUCGUUGACAGAAAAAUCUCAACAAGAAGUAAAUUUCAAUGAUUUGUGUUCAGCAAUGAUAAAUCAAAUUCAACAAAGAAUCAACCAAUUAAAUAAAAUCGAAAACAACGAUGAAGAAAGAAAUUCCACCAUUAUUCAAAGUUAUGAAGAUGCACUAACCAAAACAAAUUUAGAUUUCACAAAACAAUUUGUUCAUUUGGCAAAUAUUCGUCUGGAAUGUGCAAAACUUCGUCAUCGUCUUCAAGAAAGUAAACGUGAAGUUUUAUCUCGUCGUGCAUCGAAUGAACAAGGUCAAUUAUUAACAAUUCUUGAUGCGAUGAUCGCUAGUAAAUCAAUCGAAAAUCACUUGAAUCUAUUGAAAAAGAAAGUUCAGACAGAAGCUGAACAAACAAAAAAAUCUCAGGAAAAUCUUCUUCCACAAAUUCAUCAACAAAUAACUGAACAAAGAAAUCAAUUGAAUCGAAUCGAUCAACAAUUGAACAAAAUUAUCCAAGAAAAUCUCUUCGACAAAUUAGAAAAACUCGAAUCAAAAAUUCGUGAUUACACUCGUCUAAUUUCUGAAUUCCCUCAGCAUAUUCAUUCAUUGAACAUUCUUCAUUUAUCAUUGUCAAAUCAAAUUCGUUCAAAUCUUUUCACCUGGUCAAACGAACAAUUUAAUCAAAUUAAUUUAACAAAUCAACCAAUAAUUCAAUCAUCACCAACUCCAUUACCAGAAAUUCCCUCUCAAACUCCAUCAACACCAUUGACUUCACUGAAACAACUACUCGGAAUUCGAACACAAGACUCGACAAUACUCGAACCACCUGCAACGAACGAUUCAUCAACAAAACAAGAAACUCAACAUUGGGAUAUUCCAAGUAAAGAUGAAGAUAUGUUCAAAAUCAUCUGCCCAUCAUUAACAGAAAUCGAUUGGCAAAUGUUAAAUCGCGUCGAUCAACAAAUUGAAGAUUCACUGAAAGACUGUCGUCAGGAUUUUAAUCAGUAUGAAGAACUUUUCCAAAAUAUGAUCAAAGAAACUCGUGUCUUACAAUACGAAUACAGAGAAAAACCGGCUUUUCGCUCGUGA